GGGGCGCGGGGCGCGGCGUGAGAGGGGGCGGGGCGCGCGUAUCGGCGCCGCGGCCGCGUGACGCGUUUUCAAAUCUUCAACCGCCGCAGCCCACUCGUUUGUGCUUUGCCCCUUCCUUCUCCGCGCCGUGAAGCCGGAUCCGGCCCCGGAAACCCGGCCGGCAGAGGCGGCAUCUCUACUGCGUGGGUGCGGUAGUCCGCGGAGAGGAGCCGUGUUUUCGCGACUGCCGGACGCGACCCCCUCUCUGGACCCAGCAUGUAGGUGCCGGGCGGCUGCCAUGAACUCCGGAGCCAUGAGGAUCCACAGCAAAGGACAUUUCCAGGGUGGAAUUCAAGUCAAAAAUGAAAAAAACAGACCAUCUUUGAAAUCUCUGAAAACUGAUAACAAACCAGAAAAAUCCAAAUAUAAGCCGCUUUGGGGAAAAGUAUUUUAUAUUGACUUACCUUCUGUCACCAUAUCUGAAAAACUGCAAAAGGACAUUAAGGAUCUGGGAGGGCGAGUUGAAGAAUUUCUCAGCAAAGAUAUCAGUUAUCUUAUUUCAAAUAAAAAGGAAGCUAAAUUUGCGCAAACCUUGGGACGAAUUUCUCCUGUACCAAGUCCAGAAUCUGCAUAUACUGCAGAAACUACCUCACCUCAUCCCAGCCAUGAUGGAAGUUCAUUUAAGUCUCCAGAUUCAGUGUGUUUGAGCAGAGGAAAAUUAUUAGUUGAAAAAGCUAUCAAGGACCAUGAUUUUAUUCCUUCAAAUAGUAUAUUAUCAAAUGCCUUAUCAUGGGGAGUAAAAAUUCUUCAUAUUGAUGACAUUAGAUACUACAUUGAACAAAAGAAAAAAGAAUUGUAUCUACUGAAGAAAUCAAGCACUUCUGUAAGAGAUGUGGGGAAAAGAGUAGGUAUUGGCACACAGAAAGCAAGAACAGGUAGACUCAAAAAGCCUUUUGUAAAGGUUGAAGAUAUGGGCCAACUUUAUAGGCCAUUUUAUCUUCAGCUGACCAAUAUGCCUUCUAUAAAUUAUUCUAUUCAGAAGCCCUCCAGUCCAUUUGAUGUAGAUAAGCCAUCUAGCAUCCAAAAGCAAACUCAGGUUAAACUAAGAAUCCAAACGGAUGGCGAUAAAUGUGGUGGAAUCCCAAUUCAACUCCAAUUGAAAGAGAAGAAAAAAAAAGGAUAUUGUGAAUGUUGCUUGCAAAAAUAUGAAGAUCUCGAAACCGUAAAUCAUCUUCUAAGUGAGCAACACAGAAACUUUGCACACAGUAAUCACUACCAAGUUGUUGAUGAUAUCGUAUCUAAGUUAGUUUUUGACUUUGUGGAAUAUGAAAGGGACAUGCCUAAAAAGAAAAGAAUAAAAUACAGUGUUGGAUCCCUUCCUCCUAUUACUGCAAAUGUCCUGGAAAAGUCUGAACCAAAAGAAAAGCUAGAAUUGCAACAUAUUUGUCAGAAAGACUUCAGGGAAAAUAAUGUACAGGUGAUUGAGCAGAGUUUCUUGUAUAAAGAAACCAAGGAACUUGAACACAAGUUUGUGUUUAUUUCAGAAUGCAUCCCCUAUCCUUCAAGUGAAUUGAGAGGACUUGAUGAGAAACCAACUAAUAAAUGCUCCAUGUUAAAUCCAGCUGAGAAGGACAUAAAACAAAAUUUUACACGUCUACCUCCACAUAAAAAUAAACAGGGAUGCAUUCUUGAUGUUUCUGAACAUAAAUUAAUUAUAAAUGAAAAUGACUUAGAAGAACUAAAGGUAGAUCACUGUCCAUGUAGCCUACAGGCAUCUAUACAAGUUGCUAAUUUCAAUAUGGAUAAUAGUGCAUCUCAACCAAAACAAAAGUCAGAUACUCUGCUUUUUCCAGCAAAGGAUCUAAAGGAAAAGGACCAUCAUUCAGUAUUUGGUCAUGAUUCUGGUCUACUAGUAAUAAACAGUUCACAGAAGCACCUAACAAUUCAGGCAAAGACUCCAUCCCGAAGUCCUCCUGAGGAACCCAGUGAAUGUGACAUCAAGAAUAUGGAUAGUUUACCUUCUCAUAAAAUCCACCGGAAAGUGAAGAUAUUAUUAGGAAGAAAUAAAAAAGAAAAUCUGAAACCAAAUGUGGAAGUAGAUAAGAAAAGAACUGAAUUUCUUAUUACACAAGAGGAAAACAGAAUUUGUAGUUCACCAGUACAAUCUCUAUUGGACUUAUUUCAGACUAGUGAAGAGAAGUCAGAAUUUUUGGGUUUCACAAGCUACACCGAAAACAGUGGUAUAUGUGAUGUUUUAGAUAUCUGGGAAGAGGAAAAUUCAAAUAAUCUGUUGUCAGUGUUUUCCUCUUCCCCUUCAACUUCUACAUUUAUUGGCUUUUAGACUUAAAAAAAAAAAAAAAAAACCUUUCAGAAGUGAUA